AUGACUGCCAUUGGGCCAGGAUUCAAGGGCCCUUCUUUAUAUGAGUUGAGGGGAAAUUUGUUAAAGAUGGCUGUGAAUGAGGUUCAAAAUUAUUUGCAACAAAUUAAGAAGGUUUGGACUGAGACCGGUUGUACACUAAUGGCAGAUGGUUGGACAAAUCAGAAGCAACAAUCAAUAAUCAACUUUCUAGUUUAUUGUCCGAAAGGUACAAUGUUCUUGAAGUCUGUUGAUACAUCUGGCCUUAGAAAAGAUGCUGAAACAUUGUUUAAGAUCUUUGAUGAGGUUGUUCAAGAAAUUGGAGUUGAGAAUCUUGUGCAGUUCAUUACUGACAAUGAUGCAAGUUAUAAAGCUGCAGGAAAAAAGUUACAGCAGAAGUAUGGCUCUUUCUACUGGUCCCCUUGUGCAGCUCAUUGCAUAGACUUGAUGUUGGAAAAUUUUUGUGAUCCAAGAUAUUUUCCCAUUAUUGAUGAUACUAUAAAAAAGGCAAAAAAGAUAACAAAGUUCAUAUAUAACCAUGGUUGGGUUUUGGCAUUGAUGAGACAAGAUUUCACCAAAGGUCAUGAUUUGUGUCAUCCUGCAGUUACAAGGUUUGCGACAAAUUUUUUAAGUAUCCAAUGUUUGCUCUUAUUUAAGAAAGAAUUGAGACAAAUGUUUACGUGUGAUAAAUGGAUGGGGUCAAGUUAUUCUAAGAGCAACAUAGGGAAGGAGAUAGCUGGGAUUGUUUUAGAAGAUAAAGAGUUUUGGGCUCAGUAUCAAUUUAUUGUUAAAAUUAGUGAGCCUUUGGUUCGUGUUCUACGACUUGUUGACGGGGAUGAGAAGCCGGCAAUGGGAUACUUGUAUGAUGCAAUGGAAAGAGCCAAAUAG